UGCGCUGCUCGUGCAGACCGAGAGAGAAUCAGAGAGGAAUCGAUCCUGCGGCGCGAUGGGAACGUUCCGGAGCGCAGCGGUCGGUCUGGAUGAGGAAGAGGAAGAGGAGGAGGAGAAGCGCUGGGAAGUUGAGCGUCUUCCUCCACUGCUCGAGGACGAGGAGAACGUGUCUCUGGCUGAUAUUCUGUGUCUGCGGGACGGUGGGCUGUCAGAGCAGGAGUUGUGGGCGGUGUGUGUGGAGUGUGUUCGUUCUCUCCAGAGCAUCGGCCUCUCGCCGCUCUUUCACACCCUUUGCGUGACGCCCGACACGCUGGCCUUCAACGCUCACGGUAAUGUGUGCUUCAUGGAGCAGCUCAACGGUGAUCCUGACGGCUGUUUCGUUCCUCCAGAGUUGGAGAGGACUGGAAGCACAUUUGAGGGUCACAUGUUCUCGUUAGGCUCCACCCUGUGGGCGGUGCUGGAUUACGUGUCGGAGGCGGAGCUGCAGGUGGACUUGAGUGAAGAGAGCAGGUGUUUGCUGAAGCAGAUGCAGCGAGAGAAACCUGAGGAUCGACCGCAACUCCAGGACAUUCUCUCUCAGGCGGAGGCUGUGCUCGGUGACGUCUCGCCCACAAACGUCUGCCGCAAACUGUCUGCCAUCGGCCGAAGAGUCCUCUCCAUAGAGUCCGUCGCUGCUCUGCAAGAUGGAUGGGAGAAAUCCAGUUUCCAGUUUCUGGAUCACAAAGCCUGGAGAUCAAACUCCACGGAGAAUCCCGGCGGCGAUCGGAUCAUGAUCAGAAACUACUCUGCCGAUUCAUAUGAUGGCGAGGAUCUGCUGCUGAGACGCAGAGGUCAACUCUGUAAUGGCUCUCCGUGGUCUGGAAGUUCAGACAGCAGGUCUCAGAACAGUUCUCCGGUGCACAGGAGGAGUCAGGAGAGGAGGCCCGGGAGAGCCAGGAGAGCCCUGAACCGCUCCUGCUCGGUCCCGGACUCCAACAACCCUCGAGAGCUCAGCCCACCAUCCCACGCACCCAUCAGCAUGAUGAUGGCCGACCUGUCCGAGAUCACGGAGGAGGAGAGCUGGAGCGGUAGACUGCGGCGGCCCAAAGCCAGGGAGGACCAGGAAUCGACGGCUGAACCCGAUGCAUGCGAGACGGAUCAGACUGAAGCUGUAGACGCUCAAAGCCCAACGGCCUCGGAAGACGGAGAAACGCACGCAGACGCAGACCUGUGCAGAUCCAACCAUGCCAACAAAACUGUGUUGUGCCUGAAUGAGGAAUCUCACAAUCAGCCGGACUCCAACAACCCUCGAGAGCUCAGCCCACCAUCCCACGCACCCAUCAGCAUGAUGAUGGCCGACCUGUCCGAGAUCACGGAGGAGGAGAGCUGGAGCGGGAGACUGCGGCGGCCCAAAGCCAGGGAGGACCAGGAAUCGACGGCUGAACCCGAUGCAUGCGAGACAGAUCAGACUGAAGCUGUAGACGCUCAAAGCCCAACGGCCUCGGAAGACGGAGAAACGCACGCAGACGCAGACCUGUGCAGAUCCAACCAUGCCAACAAAACUGUGUUGUGCCUGAAUGAGGAAUCUCACAAUCAGUGGAUCUCAUUGCGGGAGCUGCUCUCGUGCUCUGGUCAGCCGUUCUCGGUGAAUGAGCUCUGGGCUUUAUGCUACACGUGUCUCUCCACGCUACAGACAUAUAUCGACCUCCCAGACUACCUGUGUCUGGACUCUGUGUAUGUGGGCUGUGAAGGAGAGAUGCUGUUUCUGAGACCUAAAAACUCAGCCUCCUGUGAUGCAUUUUUUCUGGCUCCUGAGUUUCAAGAACAUGGAAUUGUGACGGAAAAGGCGUGUGUGUAUGGGGUAGCAGCUGUUCUCUGGGCUACAGCCAAGUUUAAUUUGUCUCCCAAUCAAAAGCUGGCCAUGCCGAGAAAACUCAAGAGACUUCUGCUUGAGAUGGCCAAAAGAACUCCAAUCGAAAGACCUUCUAUUGAAAUGGCGAAAAAGUUUUGCUGUGACUACCUCUCCCGCCAGGGAACGAAUGCCGAGAGCGUGUGGACGCAGAUCAUCAGCCGAGUUCACAAGGUGAAGCGUCACACCUCAUUCAUACGGAGCAUCUGUGCAGAUACGGAUCUGAUGGAGUCACGCGGGGCAGGGUUUCAUCAGUCCUGUUUUGUCCCGUUGGCCAGCGAGGGCCGUUUGGAGCCUGUAGCUGGUCCAGUUCCUCAUCAUUACCCAGAAUCCUCCAGCAGCGUCAGACUGCCCGAGGCCUUCACUUCUCCUGCCACACACUUCAGCCCCAUAAUACUGACUCAUCACCCGCAGUCUGAGCUGAUUGUCAGUGGACGCUCUGUUGAGGACAUCACGGAUGAAACGAUCCUGCGAGAGGCAGAUGAACAGGAAGAGAGCGCCGCUGAGGAUGAUGAGACGGCUGGUGUUUUCUCUGUCGGUUAUUCAUCAUCAUCCAGCUGUAAGACUCUUGUGAAUUCACCGCCUCCAGCGACUCCCCAAAUAACCAAUCAAGAAACAGAAGACCAGCCACACUUCCCUGCCUUGUCCUGUGCUAAUGGGAUUUGUAACAACUUCCUGCUACAGCAAGACCCCCUGACAGGAAGUCUCACCCUACUUCCUGUUCAGAUCGCCGUGCUUCAGCCAAUCACAGGCGCGGAUGAAGCUUCUGAUGGCAGUGUGAGGAAUGAAAGCGUCUGUGUGACCCACAGAGACUCGGCAGUGUCUCCUGAAAGUCCAGUGACAGAUAUAAGAGUUCAGCCCAACGCUGCGCCUCACUGUGUGAACCUCAGCCCGUCACGCUCGCGUCUGCAGCACAUCAUUGAGCUACUCAGAGAACAGUUUGCUUUUGAUGGCUACCUGAAGAAUGGAGUCCAAGAUCUGACUAUGGGCGCGGAUGAAGCUUCUGAUGGCAGUGUGAGGAAUGAAAGCGUCUGUGUGACCCACAGAGACUCGGCAGUGUCUCCUGAAAGUCCAGUGACAGAUAUAAGAGUUCAGCCCAACGCUGCGCCUCACUGUGUGAACCUCAGCCCGUCACGCUCGCGUCUGCAGCACAUCAUUGAGCUACUCAGAGAACAGUUUGCUUUUGAUGGCUACCUGAAGAAUGGAGUCCAAGAUCUGACUAUGGACAGACGGCAGCGCUGGAACGGCUCGGGAUGUUACAGACGCGCUCUGCUUGGGACACGAGGGGUUAAACGCCGGCGCAGCGUCUCUGAUGAACAGUCCUCCUCGAAGGCGGUGGAAAGGGCAGCAGCAUCGCUCCAGAGCGCCAGACAGCGUUUGUCCAGCGAGGAAAAGGCUCAUCUUGACCACAGUGCAAACCUCUGGCCUUCAGAUCGACCGGAGAACCAGCUGGACAAGAUGAAGAACGAACCGGAAUGCUGCAAAGUACAUGAGCUUAAAUACAGAGAAACAGCAGAUGGACAAAACCUAGAGGAGACGUGCUGGAGACGAGACACACAGGAAGUGACAUCAGAGGAUGACAACAAAGAGCGGAUGGAUCUGAUGGCUCCAGACGGUGGCGCUGCAGAGUGUGUUUGUGCAGCUGAAGCGCGGCUCGCUCCCGACACGGACGACUGUGACUCUGUGAUGUCUGAGCAGACGCUCUCGGUCUGCAGCGGCCCUCAGCGGGCCCCGCGCGGCUCCUGGGCUCUGGCUCUGUACGGGGACGACUGCUUCGGUCCGGAUGUGCUGGAGUACACACAGAAACUCAGCAGUCACAGCCAAUCGCCCACACUGGAGGACAAAUCACAGGAGCUUCACCAGCAGCUGAUUAUUGAGAGCAGAAAUCUGAAAAAGACCAGUACUUUCUACCACAAGCUGAUUCAGCAAGAGAGGAAAAAUAAAGGUUCAGACACAAAGGUGAUGGUGUCUAAAGUCAAGCUGCAGUUGGACGAGCUCAGAGAAAAAGUUGAGUUUCUGCAGUCUGUCAAGAAAUAUCUCCAGGUGUUGUCUGUGGAUCAGUGGGGUUCGGCGCUCUCUCUGCUGCCCUCUCUGCUGCCCUCUCUGGCUGCGUGUGGAGCUGCGCCUCUGGACGAUCCUGCGCUUUUGCACGUUCUGUGUGAGCAGCGCCGGGGCAAAGGCUGCCCGCUAGUGACCGCCACCGCCAGAGGCCUCAUGGCCUACCUGUACGCCAGGAAUGCUCACUGCGAGGGGUUUAUUCAGCAGUUUUUCUACACGUAUCGCUACUUCUGCACCUCGGAGGAGCUUCUGCGGUUUCUAAUGGACACAUUUAACAGCACACUGGGAGCGAAUGAAGAUCCCUCAUCAGACAGAGCUAAAGUCUAUCAGCGCACUUUGGAUUUAUUACACUUCUGGAUUGAAGACGCACAGCUAGUGGACUUCAGCUCCAGCUCCAGCCUCCUGCAGACGCUCGAGGCUUUCCUGAGCGCUCAGAUGGCACCUGUGGACAGUCGAGGAGAGAGUUUGCUGGCGGCGCUCCAGGCCUCACCCAGGAGGAGGCGCGUCUGUGGCCCGUCAUGUGUGUUUGACGCCUCCAUCAGCGGCCCAGAUGACGAGGAGAAGCUCUCAGUGAACUCCUCAUGCAGGAGACCAUCCAUCCAAGAUGCUGCUCCAAAGGGUUUCCAGUGGCGUGUGGUGGAGCCUCAGACGCUCCAGAGUAAAGAGAAAGUCUUCUCCAUCGCUGCGGCUCUUCCUCGGCCGUGUUACGCCUCUCUGAUGAGUCUGAGAUCAGACGAGAGACGUCCCUUCAGUCAGAGCGAGCACACGCCGCUGCACAUCACUCAGCAGCUCACCUUACUGGAGCAGGAAAUAUUUCAGGACUGUCAUCCGGUUCACUUCCAGAACUCAAGAGCUCACGGAGUGACAGAAAACUCUGGAAACAUUUCCAGGUGUGCGUCUCCAGCCUCCUCGCCUCUAGAGGGCAGCAGUCUGUUGCUCAGGGACGUGUCGGGGCCCCGGGGCCCGCUGCAGAGGCUCCUCACACACGCAGACUGUGUCGCUGACUGGGUUUCUGCUGAACUCGUCAUCUGUGACUCGGCCAAGGCACAGACAGCUUUACUCGCUCGCUUUCUCGCCGUUGGCAAGUCCUGCUACGAGACGAGAAACUUCGCCACAGCCAUGCAGAUUCUGUCGGGGCUGGAGAACGUGAUCGUGAGGCAAUUACCGGCGUGGAAGCAGCUCUCGCUGAAGGUGUGCGAGGCUCUGGAGGAGCUCAGGGCUGUUCAGGUGUUUCUGAAGAGUGAUAGUCUGUGUCUGAUGGAGGGAGAGAAGGGCAGACGGCUGCCGACUCUCCCAGACGCUCACAUCUUGGCCAUACACAUCCAGCAGCUGGAGAUCGGAGCGUUUACCAUGACCAGCGGAGCGUACAAGUGGCCCAAACUGAGGAACAUUGCGCGUGUGGUCAGUCAGGUCCACGCCUUUCAGGAGCGUCUCUAUUCCUACCCUCCCGACCUUGAGCUGCAGUCGUACCUGCGUGGGAGAAUCGCACGCUUCGGCAGGGGUGACAUCCCGCUCCUCGCCUCCGACAACCACAUCAACUUCAGCCAGACGCCCGCCGCUCACCGGAUCCACGACACGCUGCGCCGCGUCAAAGCAUCUUUCCAGUGACCGGCACAGAUGUGCAACGAGCCAGAACUAUGGUGACCAAGAGAGCUCAGUGCGCUGCAACUUAAGAAAACACAUGCAAAUUGAA